CCCGGCCGCGCGGAGCCUGCCCGGGGAGCCGCGGCGGCGCUGCCACCCGCGGGGCCCGGCCGUCCUGCGGGAGGAGCGGUAAUGUUUUGCUGUCAGGAUGAGGAACAGGAUUCCUGUCAUCCUCCUGGCCUGUGGCUCCUUUAACCCCACCACCAACAUGCACAUGCGUUUGUUUGAGCUGGCCAGAGACCACCUGCACCAGACAGGAAGAUACCAGGUGAUUGAAGGCAUAAUGUCUCCUGUCAGUGAUAGCUAUGGGAAGAAAGGCUUAGUGUCAGCAAGGCACCGGGUGGCAAUGGCCAAACUGGCCCUGGAGACGUCUGACUGGAUCCGGGUGGAUCCCUGGGAGAGCAAGCAGAACACGUGGACAGAGACAGUAAAAGUAUUAAGGCACCAUUAUAAUGAAGCACUUAGAGCAUUCCAGUCCCAGAAGGAGUUCACAAGAAACAAACAUCCCACAGAAAGCUCUACGGGGGACUCCCUUUCUUGCCAGCAACCAGUUCUACCAGAAUUAAAGCUGCUCUGUGGGGCUGAUUUUCUACAUACAUUUAAGACACCCAAUCUCUGGAAGGAAGAAGACAUCAAAGAAAUAGUGGGAAAGUUUGGUGUGGUCUGCAUUAGUCGGGUUGGCUCUGAUCCAUCUCAGUUCAUCCAGGAAUCAGACCUUUUAUCUAAAUUUCAGCACAAUAUUUUUCUAGUGAGAGAGUGGAUCCAGAAUGAAGUCAGUGCAACGCAGAUCCGCUCUGCCCUGUGCAGAGGGCUGAGUGUGAAAUACCUCAUCCCAGACUCUGUCAUUGCCUACAUUGCACAGCACAAGAUCUACACAGCGGAGAGCGAGCGCAGGAAUGAGGGGCACCUGCUGCCGCCUCUCAGGCUGAAAAACACAACCACAAACCCUCUGAGGGACUGAUUUCUGCACUGUGUGCCAUGUCAGACCGGCAUCUUUGUCAUGUAGAUUUCUUGAGAAAGUUGUUUCUUAUUAAUAAUGAAGGGAAUGUCCAAAAUUUCUUGAAAUCAUGUGGUGUUUUAAGUCCAUGAAUCUGUGUGUGCUAGUGUUAAAGAAAAUUGGGAUGCUCAGCUGUGUAGCUUAAAAUACACAAAGAACAGCUUCCUUGUGAAAAUAAAAGAAAGGAGAUCUUCACAAUAAAUAUUGGUAUUUCAAUAAUUUCAUUAAGUCAAUAAAUAUGACUUAAGGGUCAAAUACAUUAUUUUCCUAA